GAGCGGCAUGCCCGGGUUGUUUCUUCCCGGUUCUCAUGUGUGUUAUAAACUCCGCCUCCUGCUCAGAGUUUCAGACGUUCAGAGGAACAUUGAGAGAGAAACAUGGCAGAAGAAGCUCCAGCAGCUGCACCGGCUAAAGCCCCGGCAAAAGCCCCGAGGAAGAAGUCCGCUCCUAAGGCCAAGAAGGAUGGACCCCCCCUGUCCAAGCUGAUCGUGGACGCCGUUGCCGAUUCCAAGGAGCGCAAAGGAGUGUCUCUGUCGGCGGUGAAGAAGGUCCUGGCUGGUAAAGGGGUGGAUGUCGCUAAAGCCAACAAGCGCAUCAACACGGCCGUCAGCAAGUUGGUCACGGCAGGUAAGCUGGCUCAUACCAAAGGGACCGGAGCCUCUGGCUCCUUCAAGCUCGCCAAGAAGGAGUCCAAAGCCGAAAAGCCAGCCAAGAAGGUGGUGAAGAAAAAGGCUCCCGCAAAAGCCAAGAAGCCCGCUGCCAAGAAGGCCACCACCCCUAAAAAACCCGCCGCUAAGAAGGCAGCAGUCAAGAAGUCUCCGAAGAAGGCAGCAGCGGCCAAGAAAACCGUGAAAAAAGUGGUGAAGAAGAGCCCCAAAAAGGCCGCGGCUGCUAAGAAGCCAAAGGCUGCUGCUAAGAAGCCUGCAGCCAAGAAACCUGCAGCCAAAAAACCCAAAGCCAAGAAGGCCACCAAGUAGAUUGUUGCUUCAAGCG